UCUUUGCAUCUCUCUAAUCUCAUCUUCUCCAAAGAGCUUGCGUUGGGGAGCAAUGGCGGGCAGAGGCAAGACUCUCAACUCCGGCAAGAAGGCGGUGUCUCGGAGCAGCAAGGCCGGUCUCCAGUUCCCCGUCGGCCGUAUCGCUAGGUUCCUGAAAGCCGGCAAGUACUCGCAGCGCGUUGGCGCUGGUGCUCCCGUCUAUCUUGCCGCUGUUCUUGAAUACCUCGCUGCUGAGGUUUUGGAGUUGGCCGGAAAUGCGGCGAGGGACAACAAGAAGACGAGGAUCGUACCGAGGCAUAUCCAGUUGGCGGUAAGGAACGAUGAUGAACUGACGAAGUUGUUGGGAUCUGUGACGAUCGCUAAUGGUGGAGUGAUGCCGAACAUCCACAACUCGCUGCUGCCGAAGAAGGCUGGGGUGAAGGCUUCUGCAGUGGCUGAGGAUGAAAGCUGAGGAUUUUUAGGUGCUGGCGUGCUCUCUCUGAUCUUAUGUCUUCCUGGGGUUAGGGUUAGGAUUAAGAUUAGGGUUUGUUGAUACUGUGAAUAUGGUUUGAAUUUAAACUUUUUGGGAUUUGAUAUGCUCUUCUGAUUAUCUUUUUAGUGUUUUAUAGAGACUUUUUGAAACUAAUGAAAUUUGUUUUGUUUUUGGUGCU